AUGGCUGCAGCCAAGACUGAGAUGCUCCUCCCAGCACUGCAGAUCUCGGAGCCUCUGAGCUUCCCUCACUCACCCAUGGAUAACUACCCCAAGCUGGAGGAGGUGAUGAUGCUUAGUUCUGCGGGGACACCCUUCCUCACGGCAUCCGCGCCCGAAGGUGCCGGCUUUGGCUCCGGGGAGCCAGGGGAGCAGUACGACCACCUUGCUGGGGAUACACUCCCUGACAUCGCCUUCAACUGUGAGAAGACAGUUGGGGAGCAGACGUACCCCACUCCAAGACUGCCUCCAAUCUCCUACACGGGUCGCUUCACUCUCGAAACUGCCACCACCUGCAGCAACAGCCUUUGGGCGGAGCCUAUUUUGGGCCUGUUCACUGGUCUGAUGGGCAACAUUCCCGCGAGCUCGAGCACUUCAUCUGCAAACUCACAAAACUCAUCCUCCUCAUCCUCAUCCGCCCCAACUUCAUCCUCUUCGCCCUCUUCUACCUCCUCUUCGUCACAGAGCUCCAGCCUUACGUCCUCCAUUCACCACAACGAGCCUAACCCCAUCUACUCAGCCGCCCCAACCUACUCCAACCCCAACUCAGACAUCUUUCCGGACCAGGGCCAAGCCUUCCCCAGUUCUAAUGGAGGCGGGCAGUACCCUCCUCCUGCCUACCCUAACAGUAAAACGUGCAGCACGAGCUUUCCCGUGCCCAUGAUUCCUGACUACCUGUUCCCACAGCAGCAGGGAGAGAUCAGCCUGGUGCCACCUGACCAAAAGCCGUUCCAGAGUCAGUCAAGCCAGCCCUCUCUCACCCCUCUGUCUACCAUCAAGGCCUUCGCCACUCAGACGGGCUCUCAAGACCUCAAGAGUGUCUACCAGUCUCAACUGAUUAAGCCCAGCCGCAUGCGCAAGUAUCCCACCCGACCGAGCAAGACGCCCCCGCACGAGAGGCCCUACGCCUGCCCGGUGGAGACCUGCGACCGCCGCUUCUCGCGCUCCGACGAGCUGACGCGCCACAUUCGCAUCCACACGGGCCAGAAGCCCUUCCAGUGCCGCAUCUGCAUGCGCAACUUCAGCCGCAGUGACCACCUGACGACGCACAUCCGCACGCACACGGGCGAGAAGCCCUUCGCCUGCGAUAUCUGCGGACGCAAGUUCGCUCGCAGCGACGAGAGGAAGAGGCACACGAAGAUCCACCUGCGGCAGAAGGACAAGAAGGCAGAGAAAGCGGCGGCGGUGCCUGUGUCAGCCCCUGUGUCGGCCGCCUCGCCUGCCUCGAGCUUCCCUUCGCCCAUCACUUCAUACUCCUCCCCAGUGUCUUCUUACCCGUCCCCUGUCACUUCCUGCUACUCGUCUCCAGCUCACACAUCCUAUCCGUCUCCCUCGAUCGCAACCACCUACCCUUCAGUGUCCAUGUCGAGCACCUUCCACUCCCAGGUGGCCUCUCCUUUCCCUUCUUCCGUCGCCUCCAACCUCUACAGCUCCCCUGUGCCAACCCCAAUGUCAGACCUGCAGACCACCCUCUCCCCAAGGACAAUCGAGAUCUGCUAAAAUCGCUUUCCAUGGAUCAUUUGAAGAGAUGCGCGACAGCAUCUAAAGACUCCAGAGACUGUUGUUCCCCCGCUCCCCCCCCCCCAAAAAAAAAGAAAAAAAAAAAGAAAAAGAAGCACUUUUGUGACUGCUCUCUGUGCAGUGUUGGGUCAAUCCUGAGAUUUUUUUUUUUUUUUUAAUCCCACCAGAGAGAAAAGGACACAUGUCAAGAACUGGGCAAGGAUUUGCUUCCUUUCUGCCACAGCUUUGACAAACAAAUGCAGCACUUCACAUGCAUAAAGGACUGAACAAAAAGAGAUGGAUCCAGCACCGUUGGUUCUUUACUCUCAGGUACAAACAAAACAAAACAGAGAAAAAGUGAAGAUUGCCAACAGCUGCAGUGCUCAAACACAUCCGCCCUUUGUAGGCAUGCAUACAGUUCAAGAGACAAUGACUGAUAUACAUAAGCUACCAUAUGUAUAUUUUACUUGUGCCAUUUUUCGUUCUUAUCAUUCUUUGAUAUUAUUGAUGUGAAAAUGAUUUGCAUAUUUGCAUUGUAUUAUUUGAAGUGAGCAGGGCCACGAUUUCUACAUACUUUCUCUAUUAUGUAGUGAUGCUGCUGUGAUACGUUUUAUUUAGAAAAAGGACAAAAAAAAAAGCACUUGCGUAUUCAAGCAUGAGUAGGAGUGAUGGUUGUUUCUAUUUGUAAAUAUCAUCCACCGGUACUCUUUUUCUCUUUCUUACAUGUGACAUAUCGUUGAGGAGAGAAAAGUAAAAGAAAAGAGCAUUUCCUCACCGCCAGAAAAAAAAACACAACAAAAAGGACAAAUGCUCCCGUUAUUUGGUGCCUUUUGUGAAGCCUUGCUGAUAUUGUGAAUCGGCUGCGUGCGCGAGAGAGGAUGCGCUGCAUCUCGCCUUAAGGACUGAGGGAAUAUUUUUGUUACAGAAUGUAAGUCACACUCGAAGGGAAGAAAAUGGGAUGAGGGCAUUGCUUCGUUUAAUUAGAAUGUAAGCAAAAAAAAAAAA